AUGGGCGACGUGUCCAAAGUCAAGACGCCUGUCGAGUUGCUCCAAGCGAUCCCGACACAAGUAGAAAUCGUUGUUGACGGGCCCAGCGAUCAAGUGGUCUCGAUGGAUGAGGCAAUGCAUUUCCUUGUGCAACUCGUGGGCUUCCGGCGAUUCGAUUGA